AGACCGCGCCGCUGUACAUGAACUAUUCUGGAAGCGAACUGUGGCUACAAAGACUUUUACGGAUUACAUUGGUUGGUUUCCACCUUUUCGCCGAGCAAACCGAAACCAGAGAAGUGGCCAUGGAUUUUCUGAAUCACAACUAUUUGAACGCGCGCAGCCCGUAUGACUAUACUUUUAAUUUCUGGAACGACUAUCUCGGCCUGUCGACGCUGGUCACGAAGAACAACAAGCUCAGCAUGCCCCAGAACCCCAACUCCAUCACCGAGUCCCUGAAAGCGACCCUGGGCUUGGACGAUACCCCGGCGUGUCCGUGCGUAAUUGCGGGCGGCGGCGGCGGAGAGAGCGGACACCUGGACUGCUGCUGCCCGUCGGGAAGCCCCCCGCCCGCCUCUAUCCUCGACUUGAAGGAGCGUUUCUCGAUACUGAGCCCCUUCCAGAACCAGCUGGGCGUCCCGCUGCCGGAGAGGGAGAUGGGCUUUGGGGGCAGCUUCGCGGGGUUCGAUCUGUUCGGCGUGGAGAGGAAGAUGCGCAAACCCGCUUCCAGGAGCAAGCAGGAGCCCAAAAUCUGCGUCUUCUGCCGAAAUAACGGAGCGCCAGAGGAGGUGUACGGCUCCCACGUCCUGAAGACCCCGGACGGCAGGGUGGUGUGCCCGAUCCUGAGGGCUUAUACCUGUCCCCUGUGCAGUGCCAACGGGGACAAUGCCCACACGAUAAAAUACUGUCCACUGUCUAAAGACCAGCCAAGCCAGCGACCAUUAAAGGGAGGGAGGGCUGUGGGUGGUAAGAGGAUGAAAAUAUUCUAAAACAGACAAGACUAUAAAGUAAAUUGAAUUGCACUGAACAAUUUUCAGAUGACUGUUUUGAUUUCGGCUCUAGCCUUUAUCCCAGUUUCAUAAACAGAUAUUGAUUUUAUCUUUUUUUCCGAGAUCUCUUUAUAUUUUUAUAGUUCCUUUAUCCACAUAGAAUAAUUUUAUGCUUUAUACAUUGAAUUUAUUUUUUUUUUCCUUCUAGCGUGUAGUCAUUUUUGAGCGUGUGCAUAUAAAUACACCUAUGUAUCCAUAAUCACAGAGUGUGAAUAAAUGACAAAAAAAAAAAGUAAUAUUUUGGUCACGUUAUGUAGGGAAACACACUGACAUUGGCAAAAGGGGGGUAUGAAUGUCAUAUUUCUACCAAGUAUUUUUGUACGGUGAGCUAAGCUUGCUAUUUUAUUUUAUUAUUAUUUUUUUUUCUUCCUUUUACUGUCUUAGAAAACCAAAGUUAUGUUUUGCCAUUAAAGAAGCUCAAGAAUGUGUCAUUAUUAGUGAGAAUACUUGUGUGCGUCUGACUGGAGGGGGAACUCUUUGAUCCCAUCUGCCUGCCCAAAAAACUCCACAACAUAUUUUCCAACUUGCUCUAAAAAGUUGACAUUCAAUCUGUGUGGCAGGAGGAAGAAAAAAAAAAAAAAAAAAAAAA